AUGACCUCGCGGAUCCCCCUGCGCGCCAUCGCAGGCCGCUCGGUUGCCUCACCCCUCCGGCCCCGGUCAUCGCUUGCCAGGACCCCCGCCUGCCUGUUCUGCGCCCUCAUCACCAGAACACCGCGCCGCUUCCAGUCCACGACGUCAGCUGCACCUUCGAAUCCCCGUGCAGAGCUCAUCGAUGCCCUUCUCGAUCUCCAAAAACACGCCCCCAACUACAUCAACCUCUCGCGGCUGCAGCUGGCCCUCCAAGGCCUGCGUCAACCCGCCGGCGAGGAAUCCAUCCGCGUCGCGAUCCUCGGUCUCGCCGAUGGCGCCGAGCCAGGCACAACGGCAAGGGACCUCCUGCGUCUCCUCCUCGCCGACCCUCUCGCCUCGGAGCAGGCAUGGGAGAAGCAGAUGGCGACGCAUGAUGCCCGCCAGCCCCUCGUCGUGCGGAUACGGCAAGCACAGCCCCGGCCCGAGGCCGCCAGCCUGACGAUAGCCAAGACGAACCUGCUGCACGAGCUCGAGGUCUCGCGGCCCGGUCUCAACGGCCUGCACAUCGAGCUGCUCCUGACAGAAGUCAGCCCUCUGGCGGGGGGCGUCGCCGGCGAGCUGGGCGCUGUGGACGCCGAGGAGGCCGUCCUGGUGCCGACCGUCGACAUCCCUUCCAACACGGGACGCUACAACCCCAUCACGACGCCCGUGCACAAAGCCCUCGUCGUCACGAGGGGCCUCAUGGGCGCCGCUGCCGUCGCGACGCUGCCGGUGCUGCAGAACAGGCAUGCCGUGCUGGCUGCUGUGGAUCUCCCGGGGUUCACCGCGACACGGCCGCCGGAUGAGAGCACCACGUUCCAGCCCAUUGACGUGGCGGCCGCCGGCAAGGGAGUCGAUCUGUUCCGUGAGAACAUUGGCCACGCGAUGGAGUAUGAGCGGCUAUGGAACGGCAGCAACAUCCCCGCUCUGGUCGCCUGGUUGAAGACGGGCGCCGAGGCCCAAGAUGGCGUGACGAAAACGGCGCUGCGACAACUCAUCACGUCGCUGCUGAACAACACGACUACGGCCAUCGCAGAAGAGGAGUCGAGACAGCUGCGCGGUCGCCUCUCGGACAAUACAACCGCGGCGUCAUCGCCCGAGUCUGCAGCACUGAACAGUGGCCUCGCCGCCUGGUCGCAGGAGGCGCACGAAGAACUGCAGAAGCAGCUCGACCUCGCAUUCGCAGGCAGGCGAUGGCGGAAACUCGGCUGGUGGAAGCUCUUCUGGCGCGUCGACGACGUCGGAUACCUGACCAGCGAGAUUCUGAGCCAGCGGUUCCUCCCCAGCGCCGAGCGUGAACUCGUCUACCUCGCGGGCCGCAUCGAACAAGCAGGCACAGCCCACACGGCCGGCGCGCCCAUGUACACGCAACCUCUCCCCGCGUCAGAACAGCCUCCCGUUGCCGCGGCGCCGGCGCCCACGACCGUGACACGCCCGACGCCCAAGUGGCCCACGCACAUCGCCUUCACGCGCCGCUACCUCCACGCGGAGACGGUGCCCGCGCUGCAGGCGCUCGCGCAGAAACUUGUCCUCCAGGCCUCGAGCACCGCCGGUCUCGCGACGUCUCUCGCCGCCCUGCUCUUCAUGUCGUCGUCCGUCACGACGCUCUACGAGGCCGGCGCCGUCGCCGCCUUGGGCAUCGUCUGGAGACUGCGGCGCUUGCAGACCAAGUGGGAGACGGCGCGCGAGUUUUGGGAGGGCGACGUCAGGGAGGAGGGCCGCAAGGCCGUGCGCGGCGCGGAGGCCAGCAUUGCUGGUGUUCUCGAAGGCAAGACGGGCAGCCCGACGCAGGCUCAUGAGGAUGUGCGCGAGAGGGAGCUGGCGCGGCAAUUGACGGAGAAGGCGGCGGAUGCGCUAUCGAGGAUGAAGUAG